AUGUCCGACGCAGCUGACUCCACCUUCUCGACCGGCGAGACCAAGCUUAUCAUCAGCAUCAUCAAGAACUUGACUGGUGAUCUUCAGUCAGACUGGGACAAGGUUGCCGAAGAAAUGGGCUACAAGGACGCCGGCAUCGCCCGCACCCGCUGGAACCAGACCCGCCGCAAGAAGAUCACCGGACUCGCCGGCACUACCACGACCAAGAAGACCGCUGCCAAGAAGGGUGGCAGAAAGGCCGCUAAGAAGAACACCUCCGACUCUGAAGACGAAACCGUGAAGCAAGAGGAAGACGCCGAAGCCGAUGAAGAAGAAGAAAAGACCACCAAGAAGCCUGCUCCCAAGACCAAGGGUAAAGGCAAGGCAGCCUCCAAGGCCAAGAAGAAUGACAGUGAUGAGGACAGUGGGGAGGAGGUUGAGCCCAUCGCAAAGAAGAGGGGUCGUCCUGUCAAGAAGACUGGUGGCAAGAAGAACACCAACAAGCGCAAGGCUGCUGCUUCUUCUGACGAGGAAGAUGAGGGAGGCGCUGUCAACAAGAAGGUCAAGACUGAGGAUGGCGAAGAGUCUGAGGCUGCUCUCGGUGCUGACGACAAGGAGGAUGGUGCCGAGGAAGAUGAGCUGAGUGAGGUCUGA